AUGAUUGAGUCAAUCUGGUUGCCCUUCAAGCUGGGCGUUGGCGGUCCCCUAGGCACUGGCCAGCAGAUCAUGCCUUGGAUACACAUGCUGGACCUUUGCAGUCUUAUACAGCACAUCAUAGAGAAGUGUGAGUCGGGCGUGUUCAAUGGCGUUGCUCGAGAGAUAGCCUUUGCCAGCGCACUGAACCGACCCUGCAUCUUCAAUGUGCCCGAGUUUGUGGUACAGGCGAUCUUUGGCAAGGAACGUUCGGCCCUCCUAUUAAGCGGUGCGAAAAUCCAGCCUAAGAAGGCUCUGGCCUCUGGUUUUCAGUUCAAAUAUCCCACGGCCAAGGCUGCCUGUACGCAGUUGGUGGGAAAGUGA